CUCUGACCAGCGGUUGACAUUAAAAAUGCUCUCAUAGUCUAGCGCUUUAUUCAAAGGUAUGUUGUUAAACUUUUUCAGUUUCGAUUUUGUUUUAUGUCGAAAACCGUGAAAAAAGAUGAGUUUUGGUAAUGAUAAUUUGUCCUUCGGUGGUCUCCCGGUUGGGUCUGGUAAUCGUUCUUCUUCAGCUACAACUUCAACUGCAUUUUCUUUGGGCAACCCAGUAAGUCAGGGUUUUAAUUUUGGCGCAUCCACCAUCAGACCUACUUUAUCAUUCUCAACACCGAGCACUUCAGCUCCUCUAUUUGGAACCCAAACUUCCAAUCCUCCUACAUUUGGUACAAGUGCAGGUAACCUGGCUAAACCUGUUGCCGUAACUGGGAUGUUUGGCAGCGCACCAGCAAAUAAUCAAAAUGCAGGUAGUGGCUCAUCUUCUGCCUUGUUCAGUGGUUUUAUGGCUCCAAAAACUGCAGCUUCUACAUUGACAUCAAAUAAUAGCUUAUUUGGAGCAAGUACAACAGCUAGUUAUGCUUCAUUCAGUUUUGGCUCUUCAAUUCAAGCAGCCAAACCUAGCGGACCAGGAUUACAGACAAGUGCGUCAGCUACACCAUUGUUUGGUUCUUCUGUACAACCAAUCCAGCCUGGCGGGUUCGGUUUACAGACAAGUACAUCAUCCACACCAUUGUUUGGUUCUUCUGGGCAACCAACCCAACCUGGUGGGUUAGCCUCACAGACAACCACAUCAUCCACACCUUUAUUUGGUUCUUCAGGGCAAGCAUCCAAACCUGGCUGGUUGGGAUUACAGACAAGUACAUCAUCUGCGCUGUCUUUUUCGUCUACUCAGUCAACCAAUUCUGGACUGAAGUUUGGUGCGAGUGAAAGCUAUGUUGGAACAGGCAAACAAGGGCUGUCAUUUGGGUCAGCAACAUCUUCAACCGCUCCUACCCCUGGCCAGACUAAUUUCACAUUUGGAGGUUCUACAUCCAAUACCACCUUAGCAACGUCUCUCGCACCGGGAUUCAAACUUGGUGGUGCAUCAAGCUUUGUGCAAGCAAAAAGCACUGCCCCUACCCUUCAGUUGGCUUCAAAUGCAGUAACUUCAUCAACAUCGCAAACAACCUCGGGAUUUUCAUUUGGUGCAGGAAAUGGUGUACCGUCCACGGUUAGCAAGUCAAGUACUUCCAUAAAUCUUCCUCUUGGUCAAAGUUCAACCGGUUUCAACCUUUCCGGACAGAUCGCUGGACAAUUGAAGACGACCACUUCCACAAGUUCACCUUCAACGUUGUCGCAGCCUCGCACCAUUGGUACUGGAACGUUUGGCGACGGUGUGACUGGAACUCAGUCAGGGCAAAGAUCGUCUGUCAUAGCAACUACGACUACUAAACCAUCUCUGGGCUUUAGCCUGCCUCACACGACAGCAACUACAUCAGGCUUCAAAUUAUCUGGAUCUACAACUGCGUCCACCUCGUUUGGCUUUCAGGCGACCACGUCUGUGGCAAGUACGUCCUCCAUUACGUCAGCAACAUCUGGAUCUCUAACAGCCAAUACAAGUUCUGAAAAAUUUACGUACAAACAAUUGGAGGAUUUAGUGAAUAAAUGGAACAUUGAACUGGAAGAUAUGGAAAGGGGAUUUUUAGAACAAGCAGCCCAAAUAAACGUGGCAGACAGAGAACUAAUGGAAAAUGGCGAAAAGAUCACACUACUCCAUCAUGAAGUUGAAAAAGCUAAACUCGAACAAAAAAGAUUAGAUCAGGAGCUUGAUUUUUUGGUUUCUCAACAAAUCGAGCUAGAAGAGUUAUUGAAACCUCUCGAAGAAUCUGUGAAACAACACGGUCCAGAUAACUUCCAGGAACCCGACAGAGAGCGCGAAAAGAUAUACUCGAUGGCAGAGAAAUGCGAUGGUCAAUUAAAAGGAAUGGUUCAAGAUUUGAGAGACAUAAUUGAUUACCUUAACUCCACAAAUGCAAGCCAUCAAGAUGACAAUCCUGUUGUUCAAAUUGCGAAAAUUCUCAACGUACAUAUGGACUCUUUGCAUUGGAUUGACCAGAACUCGGCUUUACUUCAAAAAAGAGUGGACGAAAUCGGCCGAAUGAGCGAAUUAAGGAGAAAAGAACACGAGCGAUUCUUUAGAAUGAGAUUUGACGAAUAAAGAGCCGGAUGACGAGCAUCGCCCGCGUUUUCAACCAUAUUGAGCGACUGAGGCAGCGAAAAGUAACAGAUAAAAUGUUUUAUAUACCUGCGUAUAAGCCGUCAGCUAUUAUAGUAACAUUUGCAUUAUCUCUUCUACUCUUGUGUACAUAUGGUCUACUCAUCACAUACGUAUAGAAUUGUCUGCGCUAUCAUUUAUCUUAUUUGUCAUAGCGAAAGAAGAGCAUAGUAUCUCUAGGAUAUCAGUAAUGAUCAUACACAAGUUAUACAAACUACACAUAUAUUUUUAACUGCAGAACAUAUACCGAUGACUUAGCUAAGUUCAACCCUGGAGAUGUACGGACAAUGAGAAAGGAAAAGCAAAGCACCGAAGGUUUGGUGACUAUCAAGGAACAGUCACGAAAACAGCACGUUUUGUAGCGCUUUGCUUGUAAAGCGGUUUUCCAUGAUGUAUGGUGACCGCUGACCCGAGUCUUAAACGCAUUAUGAGUCUACACAUCUUAUAUCUGUGGCAGUAUGAUAUGUUGACCGCACUGCGAAUCAAUUUGCUUUCACAUGAAUUAGACCUUUCAAUGUCAGAUACGUUAUAAAUUUGAUCGAAACGACAAACAAUAUUCUCUUCUACAGCA